AUGACAAAGACAGUUUCUUCAAGCGGACAAGAGGCAAAAAUAAUUGAAAAUAUCGAGUCAGAAUUGGUUAAAAAUAGAUUGAAAGGUCAGUUAGUACGUUUUUUUUAUAGCAUUCCUAGGGUAGUUAGUUUUUUGAAUCACCAACGAGGAAGCUCUCAAUUACCUGAAUUUGUCUCGCCUGAAUUAGUCGAAAAUUUCUCGCUGGAGGUAGGAAAAAGUAAAGAAAAUACUAAGGUUAACCACAACUCUAAUCUAACUAUUGGUGAUUUAGUAAAAAUCAUAGAAGGAACGUUUGCUAAUUAUGAAGGCAAAAUUACUUCUUUGGAUGAAAGGAAAAAACGAGUUAAAAUUGACAUUGAGUUUGCGGGAAGGUCAACUCCGAUUGAUGUACCAAUAGAAAUUUGUCAAAAA